GUCACGUGAGAGAUGUCGCACGCACGCGCAAUGUAAAACCCAAACCGAUCAUUAGAACAUUAGAACAAACUGUUGUUGCUCCGUGUGUGUGUGUGUGUCCGAUACAUUGGAUUAUUUCGCCGAUAUUGCAGUGCGUCGGUGACCACAGCCAGGGACACGAUGCCACGGGAGAUGAUUAUGCUUCAGCUGGGCCAAUGCGGCAACCAAAUUGGCUUCGAAUUUUGGAAGAAGCUGUGUGCCGAGCAUGGCAUCAGCCCAGAGGGUGUCCUGGAAAGCUUCGCAACUGACGGCAUAGACAGAAAAGACGUCUUCUUUUACCAGGCCGACGAUCAACAUUACAUUCCACGAGCUGUACUCCUAGACUUGGAACCACGAGUGAUCAACACGAUCAUGAAUUCGCCGUAUGCGAAGCUGUACAACCAGGAGAACGUCUAUCUCUCGCAGUCCGGAGGCGGCGCUGGAAACAACUGGGCCGUCGGUUACUCGCAGGGUGAACGUCUCCAUGAGGACGUUUUUGACAUCAUUGACAGGGAAGCCGACGGUAGUGACUCCCUGGAAGGCUUUGUGCUCUGCCACUCAAUCGCUGGGGGAACAGGCUCUGGGAUGGGCUCGUACAUUCUUGAACACCUCAACGACAGGUUCCCAAAGAAGUUGAUCCAGACAUACUCUGUGUUCCCGAAUCAGGAUGAGAUGAGCGACGUGGUGGUCCAGCCCUACAACUCCCUGCUCACUUUACAUAGGCUCACGCAGAACGCAGACUCUGUAGUCGUCCUCGACAACGCUGCUCUCAACCAGAUUGCGGUUGACCGUCUGCACAUUGAAAACCCAUCUUUUGCACACAUUAACACGCUGGUGUCAACAAUCAUGUCGGUGAGCACGACCACCCUUCGGUAUCCCAGCUACAUGAACAACAACCUCAUCGGUCUCGUGGCACCCCUGAUUCCAACACCAAAGCUCCACUUCCUGAUGACGGGCUACACACCACUCACGACUGACCACGAGGCACCCAGUGUACGCAAGACAACCGUGCUUGACGUGAUGAGGCGGCUACUGCAGCCUAAGAACAUGAUGGUGUCUAUCGGACACGACCGCGCGGCCUGCCAUUGUUACAUCAGCAUCCUCAACAUCAUCCAGGGCGAGGUGGAUCCGACACAGGUGCACAAGAGUCUGCAAAGGAUCCGUGAGCGCAAGCUGGUGCAGUUCAUUCCCUGGGGCCCCGCCAGCAUCCAGGUGGCACUGUCCCGCAAGUCACCGUACGUCCAGACCCAGCACAGAGUCAGCGGCCUUAUGCUUGCCAACCACACGGGCAUCACUUCGCUGUUCCAGCGCACGUUGCAGCAGUUUGACAAGCUGCGCAAGCGAGAGGCCUUCCUCGAGCAGUUCCGCAAGGAGCCCAUGUUCCAGGACAGUCUGGACGAGCUGGACAAUUCGCGCGACGUCGUCCAAGAACUGGUCGACGAGUACGUGGCCGCAACGAAACCGGACUACCUCUCAUGGGUCUCGCGUCAGGCGACUGUGGCAGCAAAGUGAAGUGGGCUUCAGCUGCUUACGAUUUUAUAUUCCAAGUCCAGCUGUGUAACUCGUCACAUUGUUUUUUUUUUCUCUAGCAAAUGGCAUUAUGUAGUACGUACUUGUUUAUGAAUUAUAUUCUAACACACCAUUACUCUCUGUACAUGUGUGUCCAUGUACAUGUGUUGCUGUUCACCUUAUCGUUGAACGAAGUUGCAAGCGAAAUAUCUGGUUAGUAUUGUUUAGACAUCACCGAAAGUCCCAAAAGCAAAAAAAAAAAACAUUUUUUUAAACAUGUGCCAAAGCUACACAACAUGGAUGCCUUUUCAGGAAACUUCUGUGACGUGCAUCAAACGUAAUAUACAUAAUGUUGGAAUGUAUAAACUCAAACUUGCAUUUAUAAAGUGCUGUAGUAUAAAUGUUUUUUUAGGAUAACUUCUUGUGUUUCUUAGUGUGUUUGGGUGGAGUUGAGAUUGUUAGGUCAUUCUGCCAGUCUCGUCGUACAGUCGUCACCAUGCUUAGUUUUACGCUUAAGAUGUAUAUACUAAUAUGUGAAGCAUGCAUUUCACUACACAUUACGUGGUAAAUGUGUUCACUGCUUAAAAGCUGCGCAUUUCUUAGUUAUGCCUGGCACAGUUGCUGUCGCUUUUAACAAAAGAUUAGCUCUUUUUCACAUUUUAAGAUUUUGAGCAUUGCCGAUCCUUAUAUGGCCUUGCUUACGGUGCAUGAAGUUUGUUAUUGUAGGACAGGUCGUUACCCCUCCUUCUGGCUAUGCCUACGCAAAAACAACUGAACGUUUUUUUAUAGGAGCGAAACGACCAGUAUUAAAAAUUUUUGAAGCGUUGUCUUGAGCAGAGAGGUUCCACAUACCUCAUUUUGUGUUUUACAAUCGUAGACAUUUUUGCUCGCAACUUUGAUGAUGACUUGCAUGAAUGUUUGCAGAGCAAUAAUAAGCAACUGUUUAAAAUAUAUAUAACGUGAACACUUAAACAUUUUCACGCAUUCUCUUCACAUUUUUUAAGGAAAUGCUUCUCAAAUAUCGAUGUUUUCAAAGGGUGCGCAUUUCGUUAAUUUUGUAUGCACCUGUUGAUUCGUAGACAUGUACUCGUGUUGCGCCGUUCUCAAUUUGAAUUUUUAUGCUUGUUGCAAGUGGUGUUCUAUUCUGUGUUCGCUAGGGAAUCGGCCAGUCAUCAAUGGCGCUUCUGUUUUUGUGUCGAAAGACUGCUGACAACAGUACGCCGGUCUCAGCCACACACAAUGCACAAUUUUCGUCGCACAAUGCCCUCUGUAUAGAACAUUUUUGCGUAUUGCAUUUUAAGACAGUAGGCGUGUACAGACAUUUCCACGCUAGAGGGAGCAGCUAUAAGACCUGAAGCAUACACAGAUCGCGCAGCAGCAGCUUUGCUCUUGCCAUAAUGUGUUGUAGACUUCGUGAAAUGAUAUAACUGCCGCUCUAAACAACAUCUAUGGGGCCGAUGUGCUUAUUUUUUUGUCUGUGUAUCAUAUGUUGUGUGUAGCUUAGGCCAGAAUGUUAUGUGAGAACAAGAGAGCAAACUAUUUUAGAGAGUAUUUUUUUCGCUUUCUGCAUCAGCGAAGUGCAGGAGGCUAAAUAACGUAGUGUCGAUUCUUCACCGACACCAAAUUUCAGAGCUGGGGCAAGCCUAGUGUUCACUUAAGCCAAGAAGCAGCGCAGGGCUUUUCGUGCAUUACUGUACGUGAAGAGCGUGUUCUACUAUUACAUUCGUGUUUUGGUACGGCCUACUUGCUCAUAAAAACUGAUGUUCCUCUUUCGUGCCUUCAAGGUUAGAGUGACAUUAGUCGGUCUGUAGAGCUAUGAAUUUCACUAAUUUAUCAUUUAUGUGUGUGCUACUUACUGCUGUGCAUUUGUGAUUUGUUGUUGUUAUCUUGAAUAAAAUGAGUCCUUAGGCAAAGUGAAAAGAAAAAGUGUACUUGUGUCA